AUGUGUUGCAAGUACUACAGCAACUCCUGUGGCUAUGGCUCCAGCUACGGCUGUGGAUGUGGCUCCCGUUAUGGCUGUGGCUAUGGAACCAGCUACGGCUGUGGAUGUGGCUCCCGUUAUGGCUGUGGCUAUGGAACCGGCUAUGGCUGUGGCUGUGGCUCCCGUUAUGGCUGUGGUUAUGGAACUGGUUAUGGCUGUGGGUAUGGCUGUGGAUGUGGCUCCCGUUAUGGCUGUGGCUAUGGAACCGGCUAUGGCUGUGGCUGUGGCUCCCGUUAUGGCUGUGGUUAUGGAACUGGUUAUGGCUGUGGGUAUGGCUGUGGAUGUGGCUCCCGUUAUGGCUGUGGCUAUGGAACUGGCUAUGGCUGUGGAUACGGCUCUUGCUGUAGCUGUGGAUACGGAUCUGGCUCUGGCUGCUGUGGCUACCGACCAUUUUCCUUUAGAAGAUGCGAUUCUUCUUGCUGCUAA